AUGCAACUUCUUCAUGGCACCUUUUUCUCAAUUUUGGUCAUAACCAUCACCCUAAACCAAAUUCCAACAUCUUGUGCUGGUGAUGUGCAUUAUUCGAAAUGCAGUUCUCCAUUUCAUUGUGCAAAUCUCAAAAACCUGAGUUAUCCUUUCUGGGGAUUUACUAGACCCCCAUAUUGUGGGCACCCUGCGUUUAACCUACAAUGCACAGGUGAAGUAGCAACGCUUACCUUUAUGUCAGAGAGUUAUAGAGUUCUUGAAGUCAAUAACUCGGAUCAUAGACUCAAACUUGUAAGAACUGAAUACUGGAACAACAUCUGUCCAACUAGCCUCAGGAACAUCGAUAUAGGUUGCACUUUCUUUGAUUAUGGUUCAGAUUCUCAGAACCUGACUCUCUACUAUGAUUGUCCUUCAUUUCCUCAAUCAGAUAGCUUUUCCCCUCGCUUUAACUGUAGUAUAAAUGGAACGCAAAUGAUUAACUAUUUUGUGAUAGAGAGCAUGCUUGAAUAUGCUGAGUCAAGUGAAAUACUGGGAACAUGCAAAUCUAGAGUAGUUGUUCCGAUUUUUGAGUCAGAAGCUGAAGUCCUACGAACAAACUCAACAGUUGAAAAUCUUAAGGCCGUUCUUGAUAAUGGAUUUGGCGUGGAGUGGAAUGCAAACAAUAGUUUGUGUGAUGAAUGCCAAAACUCAGGUGGGCAUUGUGGUUAUAACCCAAGCUCAAGUGAAUUUGCUUGCUAUUGCAGGGAUGGAUCUUUUCCAUCCACAUGUAAAAAUUCAGAUAGAAUGGUAGAUAUUAGAAAACUAGCUAGAUCUAAUGGAAAAUAUCUACAAAUCCCCUUUUCUGAGUUCAAACCUCAAAUUAUCAAAUGUGACAAUAUGUCACCUCUUAGUGUUGUAGAAGGGGAAAAGCCUGAGUCUAUGAAAAUCUUGACUAAUCCAGAGGAGAUCACGGCUGAAAUGGUCAUGCAGCUCCUGUUUCCUUUCUUCAUAUCCCCCUGUUCAAAGCAUAGAACCAUAGUUCAUAGGACUGCCACCACGAACGAACAUCAAACUAUGUUGUCCCUGUCCUCCGCCACCACCACCAUCGUAGCCAUCACCUUCAUCCUCUCCCUCCACCAUACGACGUCGUUGCCACCCCAUGCACCACUCUCCACCUGCCGCGUCACCUCCUUCAACUGCGGCACCAUCACCAACCUCUCCUACCCUUUCACCGGCGGCGACCACCCCUCCUUCUGUGGGCCACCACAGUUCCAUUUGAACUGCCAAAACGGUGUCGUCCCCGUUUUGAACAUCUCAUCACUGAGCUACCGAGUCAUUAGUAUCAACUCGGUGGCUCACACCCUCACCUUAGCGAGAUUAGACCUUUGGAAUGAGACAUGCACGAAUGUCUACGUGAACUCAACUUUUGAUGGGCCCAUCUUCAGCUACGGUUCGGGGAACCAAAACCUAACUUUGUUCUAUGAGUGCAAACCCACUUCAGUGUUCACGGAAACGCCAGAAAAUUUGUUUCACUGCGAGAGUAAAGGGGAUAUGAAUGAGUCUUAUUCUUUGGUAGGUCCGUUACCUUCGGACCCUAUUCUUGGAGUUGUGGAAUGCGUUGAACAUAUUGCGGUGCCAAUUCUUAAAGAGCAGGCUGAUAGGCUGGUGGAAAACCGGUCUUUACUUGGGGAGAUUCUGAUGAAGGGGUUUAAUGUGAACUAUAAGAAUCCUUAUGACAAUGUAUGCGUUGAAUGUGUUGGUUCUGGUGGCCAGUGUGGGUUUGAUUCUGAUGAGAACGAACCUAUUUGUAUUUGUGGGGAUCAGUUGUGUCCCACUCCAGGUAUUCCAGCUUUUCUUUUUGUUAAUUCUCUCUUUAAUCCCUAUUUCUUUGCACCUUUUUCUUCACUUUUCUCUGCCUCUCUCUUGAUUCCUUUUCAUCACCUAUAUCCAGCGUUGGCUGCCAUUUUGUUUGGAAAUUCUCCUAAUUUUGCACGCCAAGCAAAUCAGGGUUUGAUCAAAUUAGUUGAUGUUCCAGUGUUGCAGACUUGCAGUGUGGAAUUGCUACAUGGUAAAAGCAACAAAGUAGGUUUAAUAAUAGGCAUUUGUGUAGGAGGAGUUGCAGUCCUCGUUGUCAUUCUAGGAUGUGUGUACUUUAUGAUUCAAAGAAGAAGAAAAAUUGCCUAUGAAUCAAGAAGCAUGGAACUCUUCAUAGCCCCUACUUCAAGCGCAGACACUUUUGCAUCUACAACUAAUACGUCUCAAAGUCUAUCUUCUUACCAAUCUUCCAAGUCUGACCCAGUGCCCAGGAGUUACUACUUUGGUGUCCAGGUCUUCACCUACGAGGAACUGGAGGAAGCUACAAAAAACUUUGACACUUCUAGAGAACUUGGUGAGGGAGGUUUUGGCACCGUUUACAAAGGUGAACUCAAAGAUGGACGUAUAGUUGCAGUGAAACGUCAUUAUGAAAGCAACUCUAGACGUAUUAUGCAGUUCAUGAAUGAAGUUCAGAUUCUAGCCGGCUUAAGGCACAAGAACCUUGUGACACUCUUUGGAUGCACCUCUAAACAUAGCAGAGAACUUCUCCUUGUUUAUGAAUUCAUACCUAAUGGAACAGUUGCUUAUCAUCUUCAAGGAAGAAGCUCAGAAUCAACUUUACUCCCAUGGUCUAUAAGAUUGAACAUUGCUGUUGAAACAGCAGAGGCUCUAGCCUACCUACAUGCAAAGGGUGUCAUACACCGCGAUGUUAAAACCAACAACCUUCUCCUGGAUGAUCAAUUUCGAGUAAAGGUUGCCGAUUUUGGUCUCUCAAGGGAUUUCCCAAACCAUGUCACGCAUGUGUCAACAGCUCCACAGGGAACACCUGGUUAUGUUGACCCUGAGUAUUAUCAGUGCUACCAACUCACUGAUAAAAGUGAUGUUUACAGCUUUGGAGUGGUUUUGGUUGAGCUCAUAUCAUCAUUGCAAGCUGUGGACAUCAACAGGAAUCGCAGUGAUGUAAACUUGUCAAACAUGGCUGUCAAUAAAAUUCAAAACCAGGAACUGCAUGAGUUGGUUGAUCCUUAUCUUGGGUUUGAGUGGGAUCAUGCUGUAAGGAGGAUGACGACAGCAGUGGCAGAAUUGGCCUUUAGGUGUUUACAACAGGAAAGAGAGAUGAGACCAUCCAUGAAUGAGGUUGUGGAAAUCUUAAGAGGAAUCAAGAGUGAUGGGCAUGGUACACGGGAAGAGACAGAUGUAUUGGAUAUUAGGACUGAUGAAAUUAUACUUUUGAAGAAGGCUCAUUCCCCGGUUUCACCAGAUUCAGUUGUUAACAAAUGGGUUAGCGGCUCCUCUGUAUCUAAUUCCUCAUAG